AUGUCCACGGAUAGCAUUGGGAUGGAAAAUCUCAUCAAAUUCUUAGAGAACAGCUUGUCUCAACCGAACCAGGGUGUAGCAAGUAAUGCGGAGCCUAUGUCCUUAUUGGGUAUGGUUUCCACUCUGGUACCGGUUCUUGCCACUUCGAUAAUCUAUAUCAUUAUAUUCCUCGUCCUCCGUACUUCGAAUCGGCGUUUCUACGCGCCUCGAACAUGCACAGGCACUUUGCGGGAGUACGAACGCAGUCCCGUGCUGCCCAAUGGAUUCUUCUGUUGGAUAGGGGCUUUUUGGAAAGUACCGGAUGCCUAUGCCCUUCGGCGUCAAAGUCUUGAUUCAUACCUUUUUAUCAGAUUCCUUCGUGUUUGUUGCGCCAUCUGCUUUGUUACUCUCUGCGUUACAUGGCCAGUUCUCCUUCCACUCAAUGCCACAGGCGGCAAUGGGAAGAAGCAACUUGAGAUCCUUUCCUACAGCAAUAUUAAUAUUGAAGACUCAGCCAAGAGGAACAGAUUGUACGCACAUUGCUUUGUGGCCGGGGUCGUGUAUGCCUUCGUGAUGUACGCCAUUAUUCGCGAAUUCUUUUUCUACAUAAACCUGCGGCAAGCCUUUCUGCUGACCCCACAGUAUGCUAAGCGUAUCUCGUCCCGCACUGUCUUGUUUACUUCAGUGCCCAAGGAGUGUCUCGAUGAGGACCGCAUCCGUAGCCUCUUCAACGGCUCGGCCAAGAAGAUUUGGAUCGCUGGCGACACUAAGCAGCUAGAUAGGACUAUCCAAGAGCGUGACAACGUGGUUAUGAAGCUUGAGAAAGCAGAAAUCGAGUGGAUCAGACUAUGUAACAAGGAGCGCAUCAAGUAUGAAACAAAGACAGGCAAUGAGGCCGAAAGGGCAACCACCAGCACAUCCGAUCCUGAAUCUGGGAGCCUCGUUACCGGCCGUAGUCGCGAGGACAAGCGACCUACCCACCGCAAAGGCCCUUUAGGGCUUAUCGGCGAGAAAGUCGACACCAUCCAAUGGUGCCGAGACAAGCUCAAGGGCCUCAUCCCCGAAGCCCAGAACGCUCAGAAUAACUGGCUCACUGGUGAUUAUGAGAAACACACUGCGUUUUUCGUCGAAUUCUCUACUCAAUACGAUGCGCAGGUUGCUUUUCAAGCCGCCACACACCACCGCGCCCUUCAAACGUCUCCUCGAUUCAUCGGCAUAAAGCCAAACGAAGUUAUCUGGAAGAGCCUUAACUAUUCAUGGUGGCAGGUUGCAAUACGUCGAUAUGUCAUCUACACUGCCAUUGCUGGUCUUGUUGUAUUUUGGGCUCUUCCUGUGACUAUUGUUGGUAUCAUUGCGCAAGUAAAUACCAUCAAGUCGCUGCCAGGCCUAACCUGGAUACAGAAUAUUCCACAGGUUAUACUUGGCGCUGUUUCUGGCUUGUUACCUUCCAUCGCGCUAUCUAUUCUGAUGUCGUCAGUGCCAGUGUUCAUACGUACCUGUGCCAGGUGGUCUGGCUGCGUUUCAACAUCACAAGCUGAGCUCUUCACCCAGAAGGCGUACUUCAUUUUUCAAGUCCUCCAAGUAUUCCUGGUCCAGACGCUUUCUAACAGUUUCAUUUCAUCUCUUGUGACAAUCCUUCGGAAUCCCAACAACGUCUUUGGCAUGCUUUCAUCUUCAAUCCCUACCGCUUCCAACUUUUACAUUUCGUUUUUCAUUGUUCAAGGUCUCACCGUCGCCACCAGCGUAUUGACACAGGUUUUCGGAUUCGUCACGUUCACCCUCUCGUCUAGAUUCACCAACAGGACUCCACGAAUUAUGUACGACAAGUGGACGACACUCAGUACUAUUUCUUUGGGGAGCCUCAUGCCUAUUUACACCAACAUGGCUGUCAUUAGUAUUGUUUACUCUGUUAUUGCCCCCUUUCUUCUAUUCUGGUCGACUAUCAGCAUGGGUUUGUUCUAUCUCGCUUACCGUUACAAUUUACUGUAUGUUGCAGACACCGAUGUCGACACCGAUGGUUUGAUCUAUCCUCAGGCUCUGAAACAGCUUUUAUUUGGUGUUUACGUAGCCGAGAUGUGCCUCGUUGGAAUGUUCAUCGUUUCCAAAGCCGCGGGACCUGCUUUUCUGAUGAUUAUCUUUCUUUCUCUUACCAUCCUUUGCCACGUCUCCCUCGUCAAGGCUCUCGACCCUCUCCUUUACAAUCUUCCUCUUUCUCGUCAAUUCGAAAAAGAUCGAAUUGACCGAAGCCAGCAGAGAAAGCCAGAUGAUGGACAAGUACAGAAUGGCGCCAGGGCCAUGUCCAGAGGUGCGAGCAAGAGGAAAACGGCCCGCAAACUCGUGCCUACCGCUACUGGCCGGGACCGCAAUAAGGCUAACUUCGUCUCUGAGUGGCUCAAGUCCCGGAUCUUCGUCGAUUACGCGGCCGUGAAGCGGUUUGUGCAUCACGAGGACCUCAUAGUACCAGAGUACUCUGAGGACGCUGAGGCGCAGGGUUAUUAUCCGCCCUCCGUCACAAGUCAGACCCCUUCCCUGUGGAUUCCUGGGGACUAUGCAGGCAUCUCAAACAACGAGGUGGUUGACACCGGGAAGAUUGCCCCUAUUUCGAACAAGGGGUGUCAUCUCAACAGGAGGAACGGUAUACAGUGGGAAACCGAUAGUCCAAGGCCUCCUGACUGGCGCGAGAAGGUUAUGUAUUAA